GACUAACGUUAAAACACCACCGAAAAAAAAAGACGAAGUGAAUGCAUGUCGAAUUGUCGAGUAAACUGACGUGGCCCGGUUGAUACAAUCUGGGAACUUAAAUGAUAUUUAAUUUGUUUAGUGUUCAAAUUAUUUUUUCAUUAUUUGAGGUGUGUGGUGUGGAAUGUGUUGAGACGUAGUUCAGGGCAGUUGAAGUAAAACAAGUUAUUUUCCAUUUUUGUAACAAAGCUUCAAGAAAAAUGCUUCAGAGCUUAUUUGACGAUGUAAAGCGUAUGAAUAAACGCCAGUUCCUGUACCAGGUUCUGAGUUUUGGCAUGAUUGUGUCCUCGGCACUGAUGAUAUGGAAGGGUCUGAUGGUGGUCACAGGAAGCGAGAGCCCUAUCGUCGUUGUUUUAAGCGGCAGCAUGGAGCCAGCGUUCCACAGAGGAGACCUGCUGUUCCUCACCAACUACAAGGAGGAGCCUGUGAGGGUGGGAGAGAUCGUGGUCUUCAAGGUCGAAGGUCGUGACAUCCCGAUUGUCCACAGAGUUCUCAAGCUGCAUGAAAAGAACAACGGCACGGUGAAGUUCCUGACCAAGGGGGACAACAACAGCGUGGACGACCGAGGACUGUACGCCCCCGGCCAGCUGUGGCUCACCAAGAGGGACGUGGUGGGGCGGGCUCGGGGCUUCCUGCCCUAUGUCGGCAUGGUCACCAUCUACAUGAACGAGUACCCCAAGUUCAAGUAUGCUGUCUUGGCAUGUCUGGGUAUGUAUGUCCUUAUACAUCGAGAAUAACCUCCGGAGGUGGAAGCCAGACUCACAGAAUGUGAACUCUACAUUUUAUGAUUGAUUCUUCCUUCAUGCAGUAACUUUAAGCACAUAUUUAUGUAAUUACUAGGCUUCUGCAAAUAUUUUUAUAUAUAUUUUUAAAAAUUCAAAUUUAAUAUUAAAUAAUUCAUGAAUAUUGAAUAUAGUUUGAAUCAAUUUUUAACAUACAAUGAAUUUGUUUUUCAUACAUCACAAGCAUCUGUGAAAAGUUAAUACAAAACGCAGUAAAAUGAAAUAAAAAAAAGCAUUACUUUUGGAACCAGAACCAUAAUAGAGUGGUGAAAAAUGUAAGAGGCUAAAAAACCUGGCAAUGGAUUUUGACCCAGUAAAAUUUUAAGUUGAAAAUGGGUUUGCUAGACUAACAUAUUAUAAUCUUAAAAAGAGAUUAUUUGAAUCAUUAUAACACCUACCUAUGUUGUUCUAUUUAAGACGCAUGUACAUAUGUACUAUGUUGCAAAAUACAAAUAUAAAUUUAUUAAUAAAUCAUUUCGACUUCAUACAUGUUGCACUCUUUUCAUUAAAUUUUUUGUAAAUGAGUUGGUAAUGAUUAUUAAAAAAUAAAACUAUUUUAUUUGAAAUGUCAUAUCCAAUGUCACUUCGCGAAUAUUGAAUAUUUUUUAAAUAUUUGCAGACCCUUAGUAACUAUCCAAAAUGGUUUUGUACGUUGAAAUAAAAAGAAAAUCUUCCAUAACAAAUGGUAUACAGUGAAAAGCAAAGAGUAAAAUGUGUAUGAUUUUAUAUGCAGAUGAAACUUGAUCACCUGUAAUUUUCAGCUAUAAUAUUUUAUUUUGUUCAUCUGCACUACUUCAAUUAUUGACAAAGAUAUUUAUUCUUAGCAGGUAAGUUUUCUUCAAAGUAGACAUACAGAGUUUUUUUUUUUUUUAGUAAUUUUAUUGCAUUUAAAUGUCAUUUUUGUGUCCUUUUAUCAUCCCAAUGCAUUUUGAGAAUUUCUACAGUCCUGCAGAAAAGUCUUAAGACUGUGGUCCCAUUUUGGUAAUUUUAUUACUAUUAUACCUCUCACUGUGUGGGACCCUCGAGAGUUUUGAUAUAGUUCAGGAGGAAGUAAGAUUCAUUUCUUGUUUAGAUAGGUUUCCAUUUUGUACUCUGGACAUUAUUCAGGACUGAAUGUGUGAUACCUGAUACAUGGUAUUGAAUGUUUUUCAUUUAUUUCGUAAGAGCAAUCUUUUAUUAUAAUAUUUUUUGUUGCUGUUUGUUAUCAUGAUCAUCCAUUCUCGUAAAGUAGGUCCUAGUAUGCUAUUGAACAGUCUAGGCAAGAUGGUGUACAUUUAUUGUUCGUUGAACAGUGUUGAACAAACAUCUGCAGUCUGGCCAUCGUUAAUUUACACUCCCCUUUAAGACCUGACUUUUUGUAAACGUAAAGAAAAAAAAAAUUUUAUGAUGUCAUGUUUGAUUUUUUUGUUUUGUUUUUAAUAAGGAAUUUUAAUGUUUGUUUUGGCUGAACUUCUUUAAAAAAAAAUUUAUGAACAAAAUAUAAUAAUUUUUUUGAACAUUGUGUCGGUGUGUAAUGUGUUACAGAGUUAAAUGUAGAUGUCUAGUCUUGUGGUAUGGUAUACAUGUCACUCACUAAACUCAUUUUGGCUAAAUAGAUUGAUAAAUGAUGACUUAAGUGAUAAAAUGUGAGAGGUGUUUUGAUGUGUGAAGUUGAGAACUGGUGACCUAAAUGUUGCAGUACACUGUCAGUUUUUCAUAAUAAAUGAUUGAAAAUGA